ACUUCAGUUCAUGUUUAUAUUUAUAUUGACACUCGCAUGAGAGAACCAUUUUAGAAAAAUAAAACAUUUAGAUGUAGAUUGAUUCUUCAGAAAAUGCAUUUUUUAGAAUAACAAGAAUUUCAUUCCAGUUGAACUCUUCUUCUUUAUUUUACGUUUCCUUGCCGUAGUUUUUUGAUUUUUUUUUUUUUUUUUAAAAUAUAGGAAAAUAGCAAUUUUUUCUAGUUCUCUUUUAUUUUUUUCAUACAUCUCAUAAGAGAGAAGUCUUUAGAGGCACCGCCGUUCUUAAUCGAUUAUUUUUCUUUCCCCCCCUACCUUAAUUAACCAAACUAACUCGCCAAGAAUAGCCACCAUGGAAGCAGCUAGAGGUGUCAGCGGCCUCGUGCCAAGUUCCAACUCUCUCCAAGAGAUAACCUUAAGGUACAAAGAUAAACUCCUAAAUAUGGAUAAGGAGCAGAUGAUCCUAACUUUGGGUGUCACCAUGAUUGCCAUCACAUCCGCCGUUGCCUUUGGCGUUCUUGCCACGCAUGGAGAUAUCAAUGACUUCCUAGGAGUCGAAUCCGAUGAGGAAAGCGAAAAAAAAAAAGAAAUCGUAGAAAAAUCUGAAGAGUGGAAAAGAAAAGAAUGGAGCAACUGGCUGAAAAAAUUGGAACAAGACUGGAAAGUAUUCAACGAAAAGCUACAAAAUGAAAAAAAAACUUUUUUAGAAGAAAAAGAAGAAGAUUGGAACACAUGGAUAAAAUCAGUAGAAAAAAAAUGGACCCACUUUAACCCUAACAUGGAUAAAGAAUUCCACACCAAUAUGAUGAGGAGGUCUAUAAAUUGGACCGAGUCUCAGUGGAGAGAAUGGAUCCAAACUGAGGGAAGACUCUACCUCGAUAUCGAAUGGAAGAAAUGGUUUUUCGAAAACCAAUCUCGUUUAGACGAAUUAAUUGUAAAAAAAUGGAUUCAGUGGAAAAAAGACAAAAUCAUCAACUGGUUAAUGUCUGAUUGGAAACGAGCGGAACAAGAACACUGGGAAGAAUUUGAAGAAAAGUCAUGGUCCUCCAAAUUCUUUCAAAUUUUCGAAAAAAGAAAUUAUGAAGACUUUAAAGAUAGAGUUAGUGACGAAUGGGAAGAUUGGUUUGAAUGGGUAAAAAGAAAAGAUAACAUUUUUAUUACCAACGUUCUAGACCAAUGGAUAAAAUGGAAAGAGGAAAAGAACCUUCUCUACAACAACUGGGCGGAUGCCUUUGUCACCAAUUGGAUAAACAAGAAACAGUGGGUCGUCUGGGUAAAUGAGAGAAGAAACUUGGCCGCAAAGGCGAAAGCUGCAUUAAAUAAAAAAAAAUAAUCACACAAAAAAAAAGAAAAAGCGCUCAAAAUGAAUAAUGUGCGCACUACGCCCUUUUUUGUUCUGCCGAAUGGACACCUUACCCGCUGCGCGACGGGUCAC